GUCUCUUUUAGUUUUAGAUUCUUUUAAAGAACAUUUAACAAACUCAGUAAAACAACAAUUUUUUGAACAUAAUACAAACUUGGCAGUUAUUCUUAGAAGAUUAAUGCUCAAAUUGCAACCUUUUAAUAUUGCAAUCAAUAAAUCUUUUAAAACAAAGUUGG